AUAGCGUCCCGCUGCCAGAGAAAAGAUGUGAUCGAGGGAGUGGGCGGGGUUCGACCUUUUAUCCACCCUGGAGGUUGGAGCGGAAGGAGUGCGCUUGGAUGUCUGUUGCACGUGACUUAAAAUGGCUUCGAGGGGAACAAUGGAGACCAGCAAGCUGAAGCAGAACUUGGAAGAGCAGCUGGACAGGCUGAUGCAGCAGCUGCAGGAUCUGGAGGAGUGCAGAGAUGAACUGGAUGCCAGCGAGUAUGAAGAAACCAAGAAGGAAACGCUUGAGCAGCUGAGCGAGUUCAACGAUUCCUUGAAAAAAAUUAUAUCUGGCAAUAUGACCUUGGUCGACGAGCUUGGUGGGAUGCAGCUGGCUAUACAAGCAGCCAUCAGCCAGGCUUUUAAAACUCCAGAAGUCAUCAGGAUGUUUGCCAAAAAACAGCCUGGGCAGUUGCGGACAAGAUUGGCUGAGAUGGACAGAGAUCUGAUCGUGGGAAAACUGGGACGGGACCUCUACACUCAGCAGAAGGUAGAAAUCCUCACUGCUCUCCGGAAGCUGGGAGAAAAGUUGACCCCCAGCGAUGAAACUUUCCUUUCAACGAAUGCAGGAACUGCUCUCAGCCAGUUUGAGAAGGUCUCAACUGAUCUCGGAUCUGGGGAUAAAGUCUUCGCUCUGGCAAGUUUUGAGGUAGAAAAAUCAAAGCAAUGAAGACUUUUUUUUUUUUUGAGACUAGUAGCAUUGGACUGUUCUUUUUAACCAUGUGUUGUAUUUGUGUGUUUCUUACAAAUCUUUUGUAAUAUUUGUCGUUCUAACGGUGAGUUACUCGAAAGCAAACAGGUCCUAAAGGUAGCCUUUUCAAAGUCAGCAACGCACAUUUUGAGGCUGAAACACUGAGGUACUUUCUAAAAGAACAAAAACGUUCUAUCCUAGUUUGCUGUUAUUGUCAACUUUUGACCAAAUAUGACAGAUUGGCUCCCUUGCCUUCUUUGUCUUUGAGAUGCACAUUGUCUAGUAAAGUUGUUGCAUGCCAUGAGAGAAAGCCAUUUCUUUUAACAGCCAUUCAAUCUCAACAACUGCAUAUGUUUAACUGCUUGCAGAAAUUUGGUCAAAUUUAACUGACCCAUUUUUUUUUAAGCUGGGAAUGGGGGGGGUUGUGGAAUGUAGCAGCAUUUGGUGGAAAUCAUGCCUCUGUAAAAUCCAAGAUUGGCUACAAGCAGCCUAUUCUCCUACGCUGUCAGCUCCCCUUUUGAGGUGACUGGGUACUGUUGUACUGCAAAGAGGCAACUGGCAAACAAUAGCCUCCCUGUAAGGAAUUUUCUGGGCCAGUUUAACUUUGUGUAUUGGAAUGACAGUGAGCACAGCUGGAAGCAGCAGAAAGAUGCUGGGCCUCUGGCCUCCUUUGGUAACUUGUAGUGUUACAGACUAUAAGCUAUUGUUCUUCCUAUAUGUUCUGAUGGCAACACGAAACAGUGUCUUCAGUAGAAAUAAGGGGACAUAGGGAGCCCUCCUUGGCCUGUGCUGCUCCUGAAUGGAGAUUGCUAUGCACAGCCCUUGUUAGCUCAGGGGCGCACUGGGAUCUUCCUAGAUUAAUUCUCACUCAAACUGUUGAUUUUGGUAUGAAGAUUUUUCGUUUGAAUUAACUAACAGUAUGAAUAUAUUACAUUUUCAAAACUGCUUGCCUUGAACCUCAGAAAAUGAGUCGAUUGGAAAACUAUCAUCAACUAAAUAUGUCUUCCUUGAUUUCUGCCCCAAGGAGUAUGCUAGCCCACUCAAAAGCAAAAUGUCACUAUCAUCACAUCUAUCGACUGCCUUCAACAACUUCCAAAUAAACCUGCUGAAUAGCAGUUGAGAAAAUCUUCCUCUAAUUAAAAUAGGAACAAAGACAGUGAUUGUAUUUGCCUACCUUGCAAAUGUCCGUGUACUGCUAAAAAGGUGCUGUUGCAUAUUGUAGCUUUGCUUAACCUGAUUCUCCCUUAUAUAAUCCAGAGAACCAUAAUGCAACAGCAUUAUUAACAUUUAACAAUUAACAAUCAGGGACACCCAACUUAGGACCAACUUGCCCAAGGCGCCCUUAAUGGGAAAUACUCAUGCGUACUUCUGGAUUGGACGUCAGUCAUUGGAUGACUUGAAUAAGUGAGCCAAACCAUAAAUGGCAGGAUAAUAGAAUUGUCUGGUUCCUUAACACUAAUGAAAAACUUUUGCUUAGUGAUAGAUAUCAACGUCUGACAUAUUCCGUAGACAAAGAAAGUCAAUUGCUGGUAUUAAUGUGGCAAAAACACCAUGGGGUGCUCUUGUUUUCUUAAUGGGUCCCCUAUAACCUGCAAUCACAAGAGGGAAAUAAUAAAGCAAUGCUGCUUUUUCUAUCGCAGUGUGCCUGAUCUACAGACAUCUCAGUUGGCUGCAAUUCUAGUGAGGCGUUUGGGCUGUUCAGGGUCCAAAAGCGUUGUAAGAAAAGAGAGGAGACAGGCAAAACUGCGGUACUACCCCAGCACCCUUUGUGGGGAAGGCAUCCAUGCCCCAGAAGCCCCCCCCCAAAAGGGAAACCCAGUUCAUACAUCACACUAAGUCACGCUCUGGUUGAUUUGGUGUUUUGCUUAAUAGAUUGUGUAAACGCCUGUCACCUGUGGCUUGGUCAACAAAGUACAGUUAACUGAACCAUGGUUUAACAUGAUGCGUUAAAAAGGGCAAUGGGGAAAGUAAGUCUCCUAGACUGGCAGGAAAAUAUUCAGCACAUCACUUUCUAGAGUAAGACUGUUCCUGUUGCGAUGGCUGAAUAAUAGCCUAUGCAGACCAACUGUCUGGAACAGCCUCAUUACUGAUGAUUAGGGAAUUUGUCUGUUCCCUGCAGAAGGCAAGCUUUGUGCAGGUGCAGUCCUGUGCCUUGAGCCAGCCUAACUGUCACACCAGCUUUAAACAGGUGACUGAGCUCGUUUCAAUCAGAUAUUUGCAUUUAUUCCCCUCCUUUUGCACACUGUUCAUCUCACUUUAAUAAAUCAUCACUGGGAAAUGCAUUUUAUCUUCAUUGUCCAUUGAUAUUUCUCCCUUACUCCUGUCCUUUGAUAACCCCAGGGCUUUCAAACAUGGCAUACGAUUUUGAAUGUAUUUUGUGGGAAGAUAAUAGUAGGUUUUAUUUUAUUUUUUGCUUCAGCAUUUGGAAUGUUUGCAAGUGUUGCUUAAAGUGGUGAUAAAUAAGGCAUAAGGAGUCUUAAUGUAGCCAUUGGGCAUUCUAAUCCCUUUUUUAAAUCCUCUCUAUAAGCCCUCUAAAUUACGUCAUUUCCAAAAACUGUUAAAAAUAAUUGUCCAAUUGGAUAUUUUAAUACUGAAUUAGUUGUUUGCUAGCAUGACAGUCUAGGAAAAAUAGGAACCCCGCCUCUUUCUGGAUUUCUGAAUGUACAGGCAAUUUUGUGGCUGAAAAUUGGUUAGAAGGAACUGUACUUUGUUAACAGUUUUCUGUCCUUUCCUCUACUACUCAGUUUUUUCCCCUGCCUUGCUUGAUGAAAUGCUUCUCAUCUGUUUCACUCUUUGCUGUCCCUGCACUUUGCUGUAACCUGGUCAUUCUCAUAAAAUUCUGGUUUCAGCCCCAAUCAAUGGAAUUCCUAGCUCUGAAGUAGUUCAUUUGCUUUAUUCUACUAGCCUCUUUUCCCUAUUUUUUUUUUCAAUAUUUAUGUAUAAUACUUGGUGUUAAAGUAAAAUGUAAAAUAAGAUUGUUUGACAUAGUGCUGAAAACACUGAUCUCAAUAUUAAAUGUUAGAAUGCCA